CCUCCAUCUUCAUCUCCUCUUUCCCCACCCUACUUUCUUCUUUCUUCUUUCUCUUCCUCUCUUUCUUCUACUCUUUAUUUGCUUCAAAUCUCCAUUCCUUCAUUUCUGAUAGAUACCCUUCUUUUUUCCUCCUCCCUCCUCUUCCUCUUGUACAUAUUGCCCUCCCAUCAUGGCAACACAGCAUAGACAAUACCAUGUCUCAUCCAUCCCAUCCAAAUCCACACUCUUGACCACAAUCCUUUUGUGCUUCCUUUGCACCACAUACACCUCAACAACUAUCAUCUCUGCUGCUCCCACUCCUGCUCCUGCUCCUGCUCCUGCCAAUAUCAUCUGUACUUCUCCUUCCUCUCAUCAAACAAUACAGUCAGGAAAACCAAUCACCCUUGGAUUCUCUGGGAAAGGCUUUCUGGAGCUGUCCGUCAUCUCUGCAGAUCUAAUCUGCUCAGGAUCAAAUGAAGCCGUCUUAGCAUUGGGAUCCAAGUAUGAUGCUGUUCAAACAGCCUCAUCUAAAGCACCCUCUGUUAUCAUCACAGCCAAACAGGCCGCAUCAGCAUUAGCAGCAUGUCCCAGCAAUAAAUUCCAUGUUCAAUACACCCUUUCAAGUCUUCUUGACGAGAAUCAGAUCGCCAAGUGCGAUGGAAUCCUCGACAUUCAAACACCACCAUCAUCGAUCGAAGCAGAGGCAAUAGAGCUAGAGCUGCCCAUACCCUUGCCAACCCUUCCUGGCGAUCCUUCUCCAGAACCAACCCAGCCCUCCUCACCUGCCGCCACUUCUACCCAACCUGCAUCAGAACAACCCCAGCCGACCACUCCUGCACCUUCACCACCAGCUGCUAACCCUCCUCCUACUGACGGGAACCCACAGCCCAGCCCCUCUCCUACUACAAAACCUCCAAAACCCUCCCGCGGUUCACAACAUCCCCCUACGGUAACACCCCCUCCUUCUGGUGGCGGUGGUAACGGCGGUGGCAGUGGAGGCAACAAAGGCGGCUCCAAAACAUCUCCAGCUGGUGGUGGUGGUGGUGGUGGUGGCAAUGGCAGUGGGCCUUCCAAUCCUUCCCCAACAUCCCCAGACUCUUCUUCUUCUGAUCUUCAAUCCGAUAAUGCUUCUUCUGGUUUAAGCUCCUCUACAGCUCGGAUCGCUGGUACGAGUGCCGGUAUCGUUGCUGCGAUCUUUGUCAUCUUAGCCGUCCUCCUGGUCUGGCGCAAGCGACAGCAACGAAAAUCUGCAGCAUUUAAUGAUCUGUUCAGUGAUUCUGCUUUAAAUGCUGCUAAACCUAUUUUUGCAAGAUCAAACCCGGAUGAAGAAGUUGCUGCGACAGGAGGUGAUACUCUGAACAGUAACAAUAACAACAACAACGGUGCUAUUGGAAGGACCGGCUCUGUGCUCGCACCCAUGUCGAGCCCUGCACAACCUCCACCAUUGAUCUCCAGAGAGCCAUCGAGCAAUGCAGGGGCACCCUAUGAACAAUAUGACCAAUAUGAUCAGUAUGAUCAUGGAUAUCACCACCAAGGUCUCGAUCCUAAUGGACAAUAUACUCCACAGCGAGAGCCAUCUUAUGGACAGCCAUACCACCAACCAGCGUACGAAAACUAUGGCUCAUAUAACCACCAUGGGUAGAAAAAAAAAUUGUAGCAAAAAAAUAAAUAUAUAAUAAUGUACAUUACCAUAAAGCAAA